AAACGACAGUCCCCGGCUUCCAUCUUGGUGUGUUCGUUUGAGAAGCCGGGUCCUCGUAAAUUAAUCGACUUACGUGGAUCGCGUGGUUAAUUAUUAUUAAUUUAAUAAUUAUUGUAUUAUUGCUGGAAUAUAUUGUCGAUAAGUAGUUAUAUUUUUGGUACUCUGGGUGUACGGUAUGCUCUAGGUAAGACCUUUUAUCUAUAUGAUACCACACACACUGAUUAUUUAAAGACGACUGGUGAAGCAUUUACGUGUUAGUGGUUGGGUGAGCGGCUAUGCUGGUGUAGAAUUAAACAGUACCACUGUACGUAAUAGUCGGAAAUUAAGUCCAUUAAUCAAUAGUGUUAACGAUUUAUAUUAUUUUUGCUCCAAAUCAUACUGCGAAAUGGCAUUACCGAGCAGAGCACGUGUUUAUGCUGAUGUUAAUUCACAUAAACCGAGAGAGUACUGGGAUUAUGAAUCAUAUGUAGUCGACUGGGGGCAGCAAGACGAUUAUCAAUUAGUAAGAAAAUUAGGUAGAGGAAAAUACAGUGAAGUAUUUGAAGCUAUCAAUGUUACAAACAAUGAAAAAUGUGUUGUGAAAAUAUUAAAGCCGGUGAAGAAGAAGAAGAUAAAACGGGAAAUAAAAAUCCUCGAGAAUCUUCGAGGCGGAACUAAUAUAAUAACACUGCAAGCCGUUGUUAAAGAUCCUGUUUCAAGGACACCCGCAUUAAUAUUUGAAUACGUCAAUAAUACAGACUUUAAACAACUUUAUCAAACACUUACGGAUUAUGAUAUUAGAUAUUACCUCUAUGAGCUUCUCAAAGCACUGGAUUACUGCCACAGCAUGGGCAUUAUGCACAGAGAUGUUAAGCCGCACAAUGUUAUGAUCGAUCAUGAGAAUCGUAAGCUGCGUUUAAUUGACUGGGGAUUAGCUGAAUUUUAUCACCCGGCACAAGAAUAUAACGUUCGUGUUGCAUCACGGUAUUUCAAGGGACCAGAAUUGCUCGUUGAUUAUCAGAUGUACGACUACUCUCUGGACAUGUGGUCCUUGGGUUGCAUGCUCGCGAGCAUGAUAUUUAGGAAAGAACCGUUCUUCCACGGGCACGACAACUAUGAUCAACUGGUGAGGAUCGCCAAGGUAUUAGGUACCGAAGAGCUCUUCGAGUACCUCGACAAAUAUCAUAUUGAGUUAGACCCGCGGUUCAAUGAUAUACUGGGCCGUCAUUCACGCAAACGUUGGGAACGUUUCGUUCAUUCAGAAAACCAACAUCUUGUAUCUCCUGAGAGUCUUGAUUUCCUUGACAAACUCUUGCGCUACGAUCAUUACGAGAGAUUAACCGCGCGAGAAGCAAUGGAUCAUCCUUAUUUUUAUCCAAUAGUAAAAGACCAAGGUCGACUAACAAUGGUUUCAUCUUCACCUACUCCCAUGACAGGCUCGAUGCCUGUAGGUGAGUAGCAACUCAGGUGCCCAUAACGAGACAAUGAACUCAUUGCCAGCUACUGGAUCGGCUGGACAACAAGAAAAUAUGAGUGGAGUAGCCACUGGCAUGGGCUUCUUAGAGGAGCUUUCUUCAAUUCAGCCGAUUUCACAGCUAUCAAAAGUUCAACAUUAGUCAAAAACGGAGGAAAUAAUAAUGAUUAUAAAACAUCUUUAAUUAACAACAGUACACCCGUAUAUGAUGAUUUCAUUGUACCAUCGACAACAUCAAUAAUAAUAAUAAUAAUAACAAUAAUUAUAACAAGAACAAGGAUAGAUACUUCUGAAUUAAUGGCAUUCCGGUUUAUCAAUUUGACGGCAACGAUGUUUUUUCAUUGAGACUGAAAUAUGUCAUUUUUUGUUUUUUUGAUAAUAGCUGUUUUCAAUAUUAAAGAUUAAAGUUAACAAAUUA